UUCAAAGUAAGAGAGAGAGCGAGAGAGCGACAGACGGAGAGAGAGAGACCUUUUGACCUUAAAUCAAACAUUUAAUUACAUAUUACAGAAAUUCUAAUAGUGACAAAGUACCUGACCUGUUAGGAAAUGAACCAGACAAAAUUAUUAUUAUUUAAUUUUACUCGAAAGGCAAUGUCUGGUCUCAGGUUUCAUUCCCUUGUUAUUAAUUCAGUAAAAUGGGUUAAAUGAAAAACGAUGUUUGGGUCUGAGUCUCUGAUACCUAACAGGCCAAUUGAGCAGCCACUGGGGCUUAACCUGAGCAAUUACAAUGCAGAUAUUGAUUUGCACUGUCCCGUAUCUGACAGGAAAAGGACUGAGGACUGUAAAGGUGCAUCACCGCGGAUAUUAAUAGAUCUGCUGCUGGAGCUAGAUAAGAAGAGAUAGUGACCAGACUAAUAAACGGUGUUCAGUAUUUAGGCCGUGGCAUUUAGGUGGAGCUGUCGCCAAGCCAGAGCAGCUUAGCCUGAGCAGGGGACAAUGUAAACAUGCCUGGGCCUCAAGUCUGUUAGUAUUUACUAAGGGGCUUUAAGGUGUGUCAGAUCAGGUCAAAGGUAGAGUGGGUUGGGCUGGAGAACGGUGCCGCCUGUCCUGACACCCGCUGUCGAAAACAUCAUUUGUCAUCAACAUUAGUCACAUUUACAGUAAUAUUUGUACCUAAUGCAUGGUCCAGUUAUUUUCAGCUGUCCUACAUGUCUUGCACGGGUCAGUGUGGCUUUAAAAAUGGCACCCAAACUUACAGCUGCUGCUCAAUGAGUCUGAAGUCUGACGUGAUCGAUCCGUGUAUAGUCAAUAAAUAAAAAAACGGGCGCAGGGGAAGUGUUCCAGGCUCCAGACUGCAGCAACACGCUGUAGUGUUAUCGCAGCGCUCGUCCUUUGCGAGUGGCAGCAGUGGAGAAGGAGCGCAUGGGGAGAUCACUUUCUGUGAGCUUCCAUUUUUAGUUCCCACCAGCAGCGAGGACUCGGCCUUGUUGUGCUGAGCUGCAGGCCGGAGUGCAGCAGCUACACAAACAGGUGCAGCGGAUGCACCGAACAAGCUUUUAUGAGUGCACUCAACCUUCCUGUUCACUUUAUACGCAGACAUUUCCUCAUUUACAUUGUCUUUUUUUCCAGCUGCGUGCCCACAAGACAACACAAACAUUACCCAUCCAAUUGAACAGAACCAGUUUCAAUGUUUGCUCAGCGACUUAUGCAAACAAGUAUUAUUGCUUAGAGUGCUAGGAAGAAUCUUGCAGAAUCUUUGGUGGCAUGCCUGAAAUGUCCAAUGCAAAAAGGCUUUUGACAACAUGUCGUGUCAGCUUAAAUAAACUCUGAAGAAAUCGAUUUCUCAACGAGAUUUUAUUUCUAGAAAGACAAAUGUAACUUUACUGUCAGUUCCUUAUUUGCAACAAAGUGACGACCAGCGUUCCUUUUAUUUUGUAACAUGAAUUUUGAUGCAGUUGCAAAACAGAGGCCACUCCCGGCCUGCACACUGUCAUCACGCAGUUAGUUCAGACAAAGGAUUCAUUGGGUGACAUCGAUACUUCAUCCUCAAUACAUUUUACAUUUUCUUUAAAGCCACAGCUUCACAUUUGCCUUUAACAAGCCAAAAUAUUCCUUUAGAACAUAACAACAGGACACUUGUGACUUUAUUCAUUAGAGCGAAGGUACUAAAAGUGUAAAUAUUCUAAUCCAGAGACGUAGUCAGGUCUAUGUGAGCAUGUUUACAGAGUACUGAAGUGGACCGGAUCAGGGUGUGGUCCUCAGCUGCAGAUAUCUCUGCUCCAAGUGUGCCGGCCUGGGAGUGGCUGUGUGUGUCUUCACGUCUUCCUAUAGUUGUGUGGACACGUUUGACUUUUGCUUUGCUCGAUUGUUGGGAGGACAUUUUGUUUGACCGUCACAAGUUUAAAAAGGUGGUUAUAGGGUUGAGGUUAGAUAAAGGUUUGGGUUCAUGCUAAUGUGAUGUUUAUUAACAGUAGCCUGAGAAUAUGUUAUGUCAGCCAGUGUCUUCCCAGUGGGGCCACUGUGCAGGACGCGACCUGAUUGGCUGCCGGUUUAACGACAUAAUAAGAUAACGUAAGCACACAAAUCACUGCUCCAGGUCUUAGAGAGCGCUGUCGCUAAGCCUAAUUAACAUUUAUCCAUUUUCAUUAUAUGGGCAGAAGCUUUGCUGUUUUUUUUAACACAGAAAUAUAUAAACAUGAAAUAACUGCUAGUGUAAAUUUGUUGUUAUCCAAGGUGCAAAAUAGAAAUUGGUCAAAUAACAUGCUCAAAAUAAAAUAGUGGGAAAUAAUCCGCGAAUAAAUUUAGCCUGUUAUGGCCUAGAUUAGAAUGAAGUCAUGUUAUGUUGAGACCUAAGCGUCAGCCUCCAGCAGUGAACAAUGUGCGAACACGACGCCAUCUAGUGGCCAGUUCUGCACCACAAGGAAAGUGGUAGGAGGAUUUAAGAAGUAAUACUAUUGCAUAAUAUUGUAUUAUAGUAGGACGUGCUUCACCUGCAAACGUGCUUGUUAUUGUCCUUUUAAAUAUGACUUGUUUCUCUUUUAUUACUGUUAGUUUAGUAUUAUAUUUAUAUUUCCUUUAUUCUGUCUGUCUGUAUAACUUCACUUCCUGAUAAAUUCCCAUCAUCUCAUUUAUCCCAAUCAAAAUAUAUUCCAAAACAUUUUUGUUGUUCCCAUUUUACAAUAAAAUCCCGAUGAGUUGUGAGACAACACUAGCUCAUUAUUGUACUGUAUGUCAACAAAUUGUGAAUGUUAGGAAGGAAAGGAAAAUCCCAGCGUGUCAAACAUCACCCCACCUGACGAAUAGGUCCCCUGGAUGCAAAUACACCUUCUUUAUUCUAAUUAAAGAUGACCCACGCCACCCAAUGGGAUUACCGGUUUGCUCGGAGGAUUGUGGGAUUGGCUGUAGUGUCCUAGGCUGCACCUCCCACAUGGGGUGACUGCAGGCUUAGUGUGAGCCUUAUUAGUUCUGUGGCUGCUGAGGAUGUUAGUGAAGGCGAGCACCCAAACAAAUGCAUGGACAUAGACCUGCUUCUGUACCAGUCCCAGAGAAGAUGGUGGCCGCUGUGCUCACCUUGCUCGUCUCAACUAAACAUGUUCAACCUGAUGAGCAACUGCUGCACCUGGGUCUCCAAAAUACAGGAGCCGAUCAGGAAAAUGUCCAUUCUUGUGGUUGGUCUUGACAAAGCAGGAAAAACAUCCUCCAUCAGAGGGAUGUUAAGAGUUCCUCACGGUGGUGAAACGGGGCCCACCCAGGGCUGCGUGCGGCUCGAGCUGAGAGUGGAGAACUACCUGGUGACCUUGUUGGAUGUAGGCGGGUCGGCGGAGUCCCGAGGAGGCUGGAGGGAGCUCUACGGAGAGGCGCACGGCAUCAUCUUCGUUGUGGACUCCAGUGACAGGCCGAGGAUGAAGGAGGUCAAGGAGGUGCUCGAUGACCUGCUCAACCAAACGAGAGUGGCAGGAAAACCAAUAUUAGUGCUGGCUAACAAACAGGACAAAAUGAACGCUUUGCUGGGAAGCGACCUGAUUGAGAUUCUGUCUCUGGAGAAGCUGGUCAACCAGAGCCGCUCUCUGUGCCAUAUUGAGCCCUGUUCAGCCUUAAUGGACCUGCGGCGCUGGUCGGACAGAAAGACUCUGCGAGGGCUUCGCUGGCUGGUUCGAGCCGUUUGCAUGGAUUACCCCGAGCUGUGCGCUCGCGUGGCCCAGGACAGCAAGAGGCCUCUGGAGCCCAGGGAGCGAGAGAAGAACGGGAAACCGGAGAAGGGCCGCAGAAAAGCCAAAGUGGAGCGAAUGAGAUCCAGCAAGUCAGACCUUCGUCAGGCGCAUCGGCCCAAAGACAAAGAGAGAAAGUCGAAGGGCGAAGGAAAGCUGCAACCCAUUCGAAACAUACUGCAAAAGGAGGCCACACUGAAGAAGAACCUCAGCACAAAGAAGAAGAAGAGGAAGAAGAAGCUGGUCAAAGUCAUGGAAGGUGAAAAAGACCAGGAAGCGGCAGAUGAACAGGAGGAGGAAGAAGAGGGUGAUGGUAAUGAAGCAGAGCAAGAAAACUCCAGUCACAGAGAGAGAGCAAGCAGCGCCCUGAUCCCACCACAAAAAGGCAAACUGAGGCACAAAGCGAAGGUGAAGGAGGAGGCUGUGGACGAGCCAGAAUCACUGGACAACGACGAGAAGAAGCUCAAAGGGGAGCAGAAGAAGAAGAAGAAGAAAGUUGUUAAAGUGAAAAGGAAGAACAAGAUCAACACCGAGGAGAUACCCAACACUUACUCCCAACCCGUGGACCUCUCUGCAACCUUUGAUCUUUACCGAAAAGCAAUACUGGCUCUGAAGGAACGUCAGGAUCAGGGACAGUGAGAGUGAAGCCCGGUUGUGUCCUGCCGCCCUGAGUGUGAGGAUGCGGUCCACAGCAGUGGUGCGUGACGCGCCACAUCCGCUCUCACUCCAUUUCUUUCCCACUUAACGGGGUAAAACGGGGCAGAGGCAACCACUUCCAAACGACUGUCGCUCCAGACCUGGUCCCUGAACCUGUGGCGUGAGCGUCCAAAUGUGUAGUGAAGGGCAGGUCCAAAUGUAGUCACAGGAAAUAAGCGUUCACACAGUUAAAACAGUCUAAACGUCUGUACUUUUUUAUUGUAAUUGUUUGUUAUAUGAAGCAUUUUUAUAUGAUUAUUUAUAAAUAAUACUGUGUUAUUGUCAGCAGUUCACUGCAUAGUACAGAUCUAUGAAACUGUAGAAAUAAACACUAUCACAGCAA